AGCCGUCGCAACCAUCAGAACUGAAACUGACCACUUUGGACAAUAUCGCUACCCUUAAUUGGAAAAAAGGGUUCAAUGGAGGACAUGAACAAACUUUUGUUUUGCAGAUGUCGCUUAAUUCAGAUGAAGCAUGGAUGAACAAAUCCGUGAUAGAUGAAUUAGAUUCAAAGUAUAUAAAGGAAAAUGAAAGGUUUCAAGUACAUUUAACUAACCUAGUUCCAGGAAUAUAUUCCGCUAGACUGUUGGCUUUUAACUUUAUUGGAGCUGCUGAUCCUGUCGGGUUCAAAGAGCAAUUUGAGAUCAAGGAGUUAAACGAAGAGAAGCAAACAUCAACACCUUGGGCUAUGAUAGGAGGAACAGCAGGAGGAGGCAUAUGUGUAAUUGUGCUGGUUAUUGUUGUGGUUUUCGUCUUUCUAAGGAAAAGAAUUACGCAGAAAGGACACGAUAAUAGCGAGUUGACGAACGAACAGAAACUGGCGAAUCUAUCUCACCGUACACAACCGGACGAUGACAACAUUCCAGAUGAGGUGGAAAAUCCGAUGUAUGUAAGUGGAGAUGAUGUGGACAUUCCAAAGGUUAUAUCUGCUGAUAUCUAUGCAACACCUGACAAGAAAAAGCCGAAACAAAAUGAAGAUGCCGGUGAUAUAUAUGCAGUUGUGGACAAGAAAAAGAAAACGAAAAACAAAGGUAAAAUUACAGGCAUUUACGGAAACAUUGACAACAUACAGAUGACAAAACAGAAUAAUUGUGCAGGAGAUAAGUCACAGAAAUGAUACGACGGGUUGAAGACAUAACUCUGGGCGUCCGUCAGUUCUUGGCCUGAUGAACGUGUACAGGGAAUGGGAGACCAGUGCCGAGCGCGUUGUUUCUGAGAAAACAGAAGAUUUUGCUUUGAUUCUAUAUUUCAUAUUUAAUGAAUAUAAAUAUAUAUGUCGUACAUUUAUCGGGAGGUAGCCCUUAUCAAUACACUUAAGACAUGUCUCUUUAUCUUAGUCAGGUCCCGUUGCUCAAAAUGCGUCUGUAAAUAUGGUUUAUUUAAACUGAUUUGUUAAAAAUUGUCCGAUUUCAGUUUCUGUUGACCGGAGCUCAUGCUUCCAUUGUAUAAUUGUAUGUUGAAUUAUAAUGAUUUUGAAGGAAAUAUGGGGUUUUUGACUCACAAUUCGUUCACGUCAUGUAGGCUUAUUUUAAUACUACCACUUUGUUAAAUGCAUUAAUGUUAUUUUUAUUAUUUUUCAAUCUACAAAUGUCAAAUAUUUCAAGAGAAUGGGUGAUAAUUACACCCCAUCAAGUGAGUUUGAGUAUAGAAAUACUUCAUUCAUUAAAUCGAGAAGAAUGUCUCACAAGCAUUCAGCAGCAAUUCACAGAGUUGUUCUUUAUGUAUUGCUGCAUACAGGUAAAUUAGAAGUGCUGCAUAACAUUGCUUUAUUUCAAUAUAUUUACUAGUGGGCUCCACAUUCUGUAAUUGUGUCUUCACAUGGACAUAAAAAGACGAAUAAACCACCAGAGCAGCAGAAUCAACAAAAGAUGCAUUAUAAACAACAUAUACAUUCUAAUAAAAACAGCUCGCCCAAAUCUACCGUGCAUACAGUAUUGAAGAAAAACGAAGAAAUAGAUAAUUUGUAGGCUCUAUGAGAUCAUGUCAGGAACCGAAAAUUUCAGAUAUACAGACAGUUCACAAAGUUCUGACCCUUUAAUAGAAUUAAUAGAGUUAUGUAAAACACAGUCUUUUACGCCCAAUUCUGUGUUUGUAAGAGAAGUGACUAGAUCGCCUGUAUUCCAUGUUUUCAUGGAUUAGCAAUUACAUGAUGUGAAACGAUUUUGCACAAAUCCAAAAAACUGUUGUGUCUUGUAGAUGCCACUUUCAACAGUGGCCAAUAUUACCUAACACUUAUAACAUACAGGAAUUUUAUGUAAUCAACAAAAUGUGGAUGUCACCCUGUAUUUCUUGGUCAAGCUAUAUUGCACCAAAAAAGAUUGUUUUGAAAGCUAUUUCCACUUCCAUCUGGAAUGAUAAAUUAUUGUCCAAAUUUAGGACAUUAGAUUGUGUAUGGAAGCGAUGGGGAGAAAAAUAUAACAGACUCAUUCGAUACCUGUUUUUGCUCUGCAAAACACUAACUCUGCGAUGUUCAUAUGCCAGACAUUAUCAUAUCUAAACUGUCUGAUUUGAACAGAUAUAUACAGAAUCAUCAAAGAGUUAUAUUGCAGACAUAUUUGGAAAGCAUAUAGGUGAAGUAAAACAUCCAGGUUUAGUAGACAGUUUGGAUGCAGAAAACUUCAGCAACAAGUUGGAAAUGUUUAAAGCCACAGGGUGCAACAGGCAUCCAAAUGGUGAGGAUUUCUAUUCAUAUUUUAUCACCUAUAAAAAUGAUCUGAUAAAACAAUCAAUAACCGCAGAGAUAAGGUCAAUGGUUGGACUUGGGACUUUUCCCCCAAGUAUGUACAAUCAAAAUGCGAAUGAAUGUAUGAACUAUGUUAUCUAAAGGAAUUUAAAAUGGGAAAGACUGAAUCCGAUUGAGGCAGUCGCACAUUUAUACCAUACAGUAAAUAGUCAACUUGAUGAAGCCAGAUUGGCGAUUUUUGGUAGAGCGUUACUUCAGAUCAAUGACAAAUAUAAGGAAUAUAAGGUGAAUGAAUUGAAUCCUUUUUACAGCUACAUCUAAUAUUGAUGACUGUGUUACAAAUAAGGAAAGUAAUAAUUAUCAAAGCUAAGUUAUGGGUGCAAUUACACAUUUUAAGCAAACGGUUAUACAGUGCCACCAGCAGAUCUAAUACUUGUUACAAAAGGAGCAAAAGAAUUUCUACAAAAUAGAGUUAAACAAUCAUAGCCAUCAAGUAUAUAUUUUCAUUCCCAUAAAACGUGUGUUAAUGAGUAAGACAUAUGCUUUCUGUCUUGUCUGGUGAAAAUAUCAAUGAUGUUAAAUUUCAUCUUACUAUGUUUACAACAAGUGAAAAAAUACACUGUUUAUAGUAAUUACGUUCUUCUUAAAACCGUUUUACAUAAUUAUUAUUUCAUUAACUUUGAGAAGUAGACGUAAAUUAUAAAGUUUGUUUUGAUCAAUUGAACAUGUUAGGUUAACUUAUGUUGACCCUAGAAUUGACCCCUACCACUGCUUACAAGUCCGUGCAAUCACUGACUAAUAAUUACACCCGCUGUCGCAAUGCAUUAUUAAGGACCUCCAAGA